CGCGCCGCAGGCUCCUCGGCCGGGCGCUCUGCAGCGAGCGCCUCCUCGAGCCGCCGCGUCGUGACGCCGGCCAGCCGCCGUGACGAGCCCAUGGACGAGGACGAGGACGAGCUGUCCGAUGGGCCCGUGCAGCCGGCGCGACGCCCGCUGUCUAAGUCCUGCGCCACGCCGUCCAAGGGCCCCUCGCGCGAGCACAUCCUGCGGCAGAACGAGACCAUUGCUGGCGCGGACCGCUACUACCUGUGCUACUGGAGGAAGCCGCAGGGCAGAAAGCACAAGACGUGGGACGGUGACGCGGUGCUGAUCGUGAAGGGCGGCGGGAAGUGCACGCUACGCUGCACGCAGUCGUUCAGAGACCUGGCGACGGACGCCAAGCUCAAUGCCACGCACGUUGGAGCCGGUGAUGAGCUCGUUGUUGGCGGCAAAGAAAUCGAAAUCGACACGGAGAUCUCUGCCUCAGCAUACUACAGCGGCUGCAACGGCAAGGGCUUCACUGAUGCGCCGUCCAAGACGAGCAGCUCAGUAAGCGGAGCGCGUGCCGUCAGUCUCGCUGCCGCGCCGACCAACAGCUUCUAUGCGAAGCCGCUGCCCAAGCCGGUGCUCCAGAGCAAGCCAGUGCAGCAGGCGGCACGCACACCGCGCGCCGCCGAGAAGGCGCGUGCGGUGCCCACGCCAAACAAGGCCGUUGCGAGCGCGGGCCGCGGGCCUAGCGGUCUCGCCAACCCCGGCCAGGGCAAGGAGCCGCAUCCUCGCUAUGACCCUCUGGCGCCCGGAGCGAUUGUGAUGAAGCGUCCAGACAAGGCGCACCAGAAGAAGUUCAAUCGCCGCGGUCUGCCUGUCGUAGACGUCGUCGUGGAGCCAACACUCGCCUCUGCGCUGCGCCCGCACCAAGUCGAGGGCGUAAAGUGGCUGUACGAGAAGGUGAUGGGCAUGAAUGCGGGCACGUCAGAGGACGAUGGCAUGGGCGCAAUCCUCGCAGACGAGAUGGGCCUGGGCAAGACGCUGCAGACGAUCGCGCUGCUCCACACGAUGCUCAAGCAAGACUGCUACUACACGGCGCAGCCGCACGCCAUCGAGCGUGCCGUCAUUGUCUGUCCCUUGUCGCUGACGACGAACUGGAAGCGCGAGUUUCGCAAAUGGCUUGGCACAUCGGGCCUGAGCGUGCUGUGCGUCGACAGCAACGAGUCGAACAAAGUCGAGCGCUUCCUGUACUCGACGACGUACCAGGUGCUCAUCAUCGGCUACGAAAAGCUGCGCACCUGUGUCAAGCUGCUCGCUGAUGCGCAGCCACCGAUUGGGCUCAUCGUGUGCGACGAAGGCCAUCGCCUCAAGUCGCGCGACGCCAAGACGACAAAGAUGUUCGCAGCGCUCAGCACGCCGCGCCGCAUCAUUCUGUCCGGCACGCCCAUCCAGAACGAUCUGUCUGAGUUCUACGCGAUGAUCGACUUCGUCAACCCGGGCCUUCUCGGCGACUAUGCGACGUUCAAGAAGGUCUUCGAGGACCCGAUCGUCAAGAGCCGCGUGCAGCAUGCGCGCAAGGACGCGCAGGAGCUCGGCCGCGUGCGCACCGAGAGCUUGAGCAAGGUGACCAAGAGCAUGAUCCUGCGGCGUCCUGCCAGCCUGCUCGACCAGUACCUGCAGCCCAAGUGCGAGCAGGUCGUCUUCUGCGCGCCGACGCAGCUGCAGCUGGACAUCUACGGGCGCGUGCUGGGCUCCGACGAGGUCUCGGACGUGCUGCGCGGCGCCCACAGCGGCGCCUCGUCGCUGCCGCUCAUCGGCGUGCUGCGCAAGCUGUGCAACUCGCCCGAGCUGCUUCUCAAGGACAUCGACCCGCGCAACAAGGAUCAGGAUGCGAGCAUGACCGCGACGCUGCUCAGCGGCGCUCAUCAUCUCUUUCCCACGAACCGCCAGCCGGGCCAGGUCGAGCUCAGCGGCAAGCUCAUGACGCUGCUGAAGAUGCUGAAGCGCAUCCGCGACGAGACCGAUGACAAGGUCGUGCUCGUGUCCAACUUCACAGCCACGCUCGACGUCGUCGAGGCUAUGUGCCGCCGCAACCGCUUCACUACGCUGCGUCUCGACGGCUCCACCAAGCAGGACGACCGCAUGGACAUCGUCAGCGAGUUCAACCGCGGCAAUGCGCGCUCGUCGUUCGUCUUUCUGCUCAGCACCAAGACGGGCGGCCAGGGCUUGAACCUGAUUGGCGCGAACCGCCUGGUGCUGAUCGACAGCGACUGGAACCCGAGUGUGGACAAGCAGGCGAUGGCGCGCAUCCAUCGCGACGGACAGAAGAAGCGCUGCUACAUCUACCGCCUGCUGCUCGCUGGCACCAUGGACGAGAAGAUCUACCAGCGCCAGAUCAGCAAGAUCGGCCUGAGCGACUCGCUGAUGGAGGGCGGCAACGCGUCGUCCAAGGCCUCCGACUCCUUCUCGCUGGAAGAUCUGCGCGACAUCUUCUCGCUCCACUGCGACACCCCGUGCGUCUCUCACGACGCGAUGCGCUGCACGUGCGGCGGCAAUGGCAUCGCCGGAGCGGGACGAGGCACUCUGGACGCCGACGAAUACCAGCCGCAGAACAGCGGUCCCGGCGGCUUCGUAUCCGCCACGCAGCAGGCCACGCAGCAGGAGCAGCAGCUCGUUCGCGACAGCCGCAGCAAGCUCGCAGCGCUGCACGAGUGGGGCCACUUCGACUGCUCCGACACAUCGCUCGGCUUCGCUGCCCAGCUCACCGACACGGUCUUGCGCGACCUGAUCCUCACGCAGCAGGGCGCCAAGAAGCCUGCUGCGCCGCCUCAGCAGGCGCGCGUCGCGAGCCCGGCCGAAGAAGUUACGCCGUUGACUGCGCCCGCCAAGUCAGCUGCCGCGGGCAGCAGCCUGCUGUCGAUGCUCAGCUUCGACGCUUUGCAAGCGGCACAGGAGGAGGAGGCCAGAAAGGCAGCGAUGGAGCAGGCACAGCGCGAGGCCGUCGUGUGCAAGGCGCCGUCACGCAAGGCAACGCGCGACAUGCGCGGCGGCCGCGUGGCUCCGCCGCCCGACUGUGCCAUCAGUGUCUCGGAGGCUCGCAUCGCCAUAAAGGCUGAGCCGGACGACGGCACGGUGGCAGCAGAAGAGGACGAGCUGCGCCUGCCUGUCGCAGGCUCUCACGUGCUGCCCGAGCCGGCCGCACCUGGCGCGCCGCCCCGCGAGGAGAGCGCAGAGAGCGACCGCUACGGCCUGCACGGCCGCGCCUUUGACAUCAAGCAACACUCGCCCGGCGACAUCCUCUUCGUCUACACCAAGACGUCGGGCAGUCCCGCCGUCGUGCCGGUGCUUCCGUCCGUGGCCGAGUCGGCGGAGGCAUCGCCGGACGCCGAGACGCCGGCGGCCGGCGUCGGCAGCGACGACGAGUGAUGCGGCGCUCCCGAUACCUACACAUUACCAGCACAGCACCUUGCACCCGCACGCACCUGUAACACCACCCAGCCAACGACGUGUCACCC